AUGGCAGCCAUUGCACCCAUCAUUAGCAGCUUCUCGCUCAUUUUUGGAGGUUGCUGCGCCAAUGUCUAUUGCCUAGAAGCUAUCGUUAAACAAGAGCCUGAUAGCGGCCUUCUGAUUACACUCUUUCAGUUCGUCUUUACAUGUCUCUCGACGUUACAUUAUCAGCUCGAUCCAAAUGGCCGUUAUUACCUGCGAUCAUCACCGGUACCGUUCCGCAAGUGGGUCACAAGUGCUUUGCUGUUCUUCACAGUCAACAUGAUGAACAACUGGGCAUUUGCAUUCAACAUCUCUGUUCCCGUCCACAUCAUUCUUAGGAGUUUUGGUAGUGUGACUACGAUGACAGCGGGCUACCUUCGUGGGAAGAAGUACACUCCUCUGCAGAUCUUUUCUGUUGCCAUCCUCACUCUGGGUGUCAUGGUCUCUGCUUGGGCUGAUGCAUCGUCAAAGGGCAAGACCAAUAGUGCCAACGCCGAUCCAGACAAGGCAUCACUCGAGGCCGGACUGCUCGUACUUCUUGUCGCCCAGCUGCUAUCCGCAUACAUGGGCGCCUAUGUCGAGGACGUUUACCGCGACCACGGCAAAGACUGGAAGGCCAAUCUUUUCUACUCGCAUCUCUUGUCAAUCCCGAUGUUCGCCGCAUUUGCACCCGCCCUUAACGCGCAGUUCGCGCGCCUGCAAUCCUCGCAUUCCUUCCAGGUCCCACCCAGCGUUGCCGCGACUCUGCCACCAACUCUCAACAAGUUCCUUGCGUCAACGUCGCAACACGUUAUCUAUCUCCUUGCCAACGCGAUCACGCAGUUGCUUUGCAUCACCGGCGUCAACAUUCUCAGUGCCAACACAUCAGCUGUUACUGUUACGAUAGUGUUAAACAUCAGAAAGUUGGUGAGCUUCAUGCUGAGCAUCUGGCUUUUCGGCAACCACAUGGGUGGUCUUAUGAAAGUCGGCGCUGUAAUGGUUUUCGGUGCCGGUGCGCUGUAUGGAUAUGAGACGACCUACAGGAUUCCACUGAAAAAGAAGCUAGAGGCAAGGAAGGAAGAGAAGGGGCAGCAGCGUGCUGCGAAAGACAGCAAGAAGCGCUCUACAACACCAAACCCACCUUCAGCAGAGAUCGUCUCUGAGAAGGCCGCCAACUUCCUCGAGAAGGCCAAGCCUUACAAGCCACGACAGAAGCAGCCAGAAUGGGACUACAAGCUUGCGAUCACAAUUAUGACGGCGCUUGCGUUCAUCACAAGGUUCUGGGGCAUCUCCCAUCCUGAUCAGGUCGUCUUCGAUGAAGUGCACUUUGGAAAGUUCGCUUCAUACUACCUGCAACGAACCUAUUUCUUCGAUGUCCACCCUCCUCUCGGAAAGCUUCUGUUCGCCUUCGCUGGCUGGCUCGUUGGAUACAAGGGCGAGUUCCUCUUCGAGAACAUCGGCGACUCAUACAUCUCCAACAAUGUUCCCUAUGUCGCAUACCGUGCUAUGCCCGCCUCGCUUGGUGCGCUUACCGUUCCUAUUGUCUUCCUCAUCAUGUGGGAGUCUGGAUACUCUCUGCCCGCCUGCGUUACUGCUUCUGGUCUCAUGCUUCUUGAUAACGCCCAUAUUGGCCAGACGCGCCUGAUCCUGCUCGAUGCAUCGCUUAUCUUCUUCAUGGCCCUCUCGGUCCUCGCAUACAUUCGUUUCUACAAGCUGCGACACGAUCCGUUCAGCCGCAAGUGGUGGAAGUGGCUGCUUUUGACGGGGAUCAGCCUGAGCUGCGUCAUCUCCAUCAAGUACGUCGGUGUCUUCACCUUCUUCUCGAUUGGUGUACCCGUCCUCUUCGAUCUGUGGGACCUGAUGGACGUCAACCGCCGCCAGGGUGCAUUGUCUCUUCCAGAGUUCGGUAAGCACUUCGCUGCUCGCGUCGUGGGUCUUAUCGUUGUGCCCUUCUUCCUCUACUUGUUUUGGUUCCAGGUCCACUUCACUAUCCUCAGCAGGUCCGGUCCUGGUGACGACUUCAUGACUCCAGAGUUCCAGGAGACUCUGAGCGACAACGUAAUGACUCUCCAGUCUGUCGGCAUCAAUUACUAUGAUUCGAUCACCAUGCGCCACAAGGAGACGAAGGUCUACCUCCACAGCCACACCGACCGCUAUCCACUACGCUACGACGACGGCCGUGUCUCUUCGCAGGGACAGCAGGUCACUGGAUACCCUCACAACGAUACCAACAACCACUGGCAAGUCCUUCCCGUGAAGGAGCUCCCAAGCGAGGAUGAGGCGGCUGGUACACGCUUCAACGACACUUUGUUUGAAAUCAAGGUUGAGAAGGGCAAGGGCGACUUCAAGACCAUGUCUACUCACUUCAAGCUCGUUCACGUGCCGACCAAGGUUGCUAUGUGGACUCACACCAAGCCUCUGCCUGAGUGGGCCUACAAGCAGGCUGAGAUCAACGGCAACAAGAAUGUUCAGCAGUCCAGCAACGUUUGGUAUGUUGAUGACAUUCCUUCCUUGCCUGCUGAGGAUGAGCGCAACAAAAAGGAGGUCAAGCAGGUGAAGCAUCUUGGCUUCCUCCGCAAGUGGGUCGAGCUUCAGCGCGCUAUGUUCUACCACAACAACGCCUUGACCAGCUCUCACCCGUACGCUUCUCAGCCGAUCUCUUGGCCCUUCCUUCUCCGUGGUGUCUCCUUCUGGACACACAACGACACUCGUGAGCAGAUCUACUUCCUCGGUAACCCGGUCGGAUGGUGGCUUGCCUCCUCACUCCUUGCUGUCUUUGCCGGUAUCAUCGGUGCUGAUCAGCUGGCUCUGCGCCGUGGCAUGGAUGCUCUCGACGACCGCACUCGCUCUCGUCUGUACAACUCGACUGGUUUUUUCUUCCUUACCUGGGCUGCUCACUACAUCCCGUUCUACAUCAUGGGUCGUCAGUUGUUUUUGCAUCACUAUCUUCCAGCACAUCUCGCAUCUUGCCUGGUUACUGGUGCCCUUGUCGAGUUCAUCUUCUGCAUUGAGCCUCAGGACCCUCAGACUCCCGGUACCCCUGCUGAGAAGGGCCACCGUAGGACUCGCUCUCGCCCUGUUCGUGAGCGUGUUGCUACCGCGAGCCAGCUCGGAAGCUGGAUCGCCGCUGGUGUCAUCCUUGCUGCGACUUUCUGGUGCUUUCUGUUCUUUGCGCCUCUUACAUACGGCAAGCCAGGCCUCACAGUCGACCAGGUCCAGGCCAGGAAGUGGCUCGGCUACGACCUGCACUUCGCAAAAUAA